UUGACCAAUGUACGCAUCCCAGCCUGUCCUCCCUCUUCCUCCAAUGGGAAUCCGCCGGCCUAUCGACCGGCCUAUCAGCUUUCGUAUGCUGCUCACGCCCACGACCCGAAAAGCAAGCCUGCAAAGCAGCAGCAGCAUCAGCACCACUCCACACACACUCAAAUGGGUCGUACUGAAGGUAGACUGAGGGACAGUCCCUCCAUGGAGAAGCCGCAACAGCAGCCUCAGCACCACCAUACUCCAUGCCACAAGACUUUUUCGCGACUACGCAAGAAGUAUUGCUCUGGCACUUGUCUCAAGUUUGUCUACCUAGCUUGUGCGACGCUAGUGUCAGCUAGCGUCAUUAUUGAAUGCAUUCUUGCACACCUUGUCAUCACUCCCUACAUCUCCGAGUCGGUCUUUGAGUCGGGCGUCUGCUUCCUUUACUACACUGCCACUGGAAAGCGAGUUAAGUGCGAAAACAAGUGCUCCAAGGAUCGUUCUGCCUUCCCCUGCGCAAACGUCCAAGUCAUCUACAUUCCAGCUCCUCGAGUCCAGGAGGACCAUAUUCCUGCCGUCAUCAGGGCCAUUCGGUAUCGGAAUCCCGCCGUCAGGCAAUACCUCGAGGUGAGAGAGGCUCGACUGCUCCACCUUUAUGAUUACUUCAGCACCUACGCUGCCUACAAGGCUGACAGAUGUUCCACAAGCCCUUGCAAUCGUCGAGAAGCAGACAAUGCGGAAACCGUGGACCAAUACUUGCGAGAGCUCCACGCAAUUGGGCUGAUGCCCUGCUACGCACUUCCUAUGCGGGUAGAGUUCACUCUAAAGGAAAUGCAAAAUUGGCGACGUCGCUUAAACUCGUUGCCAAUGGCGGUGGAUACAACGGGAUCACCGGAAUCUGAAAGUGAGGAGGAACUUGAGAUUGGUUCCGAUCUAGACAGCUUUCACAUUCUGCCGACUGCAAGCGAAUCCACAUUUCUCCCACUGCUGACAAUCGAGUGGCUGCGAGAGGGUGCGAACCUCUCAGAGGCAGAGGCGGCUGUCUCACGCCGACUCCUUCACCUGCCACCACCAACGCGGGGCGAGCUGAGCGCUGCAGCUCUAAUGCACCGCCUCUACCCCGACACCCUCCUCUUUCAUUCUCUCUUCUGGCCCCUUGCCAUAAUCCUUUGCGGCCUUCUUCUCAUUGCCCUAGCUUACGCUGUCGACGGCUGCAAGGUGUGGCGCACGGACAUGACUGUCAUCGCCUAA